UAACUCUAGUGUCCUUGGUUAUUGACUGCCAUAGCCGACAGCUUACAUAGGGACAGCUAUGGCGGGUACCGCGCUCAAGAGGCUAAUGGCCGAAUACAAACAUUCUGUGCAGUGCUCACUGUUAGCAUCUUAGCGUGCUAGCCCAGUAGACGCAGGAUGUAACCUGUCCACCUGCGUGUGUUUACAGAGCUGACUCUCAACCCACCGGAAGGAAUCGUCGCAGGUCCAGCCAACGAGGAGAACUUCUUUGAAUGGGAGGCGCUCAUCAUGGGUCCACAGGACACGUGUUUUGAAGGUGGCGUCUUUCCAGCUGUCCUCACCUUCCCCUCCGAUUAUCCUCUCAGCCCUCCGAAGAUGAGAUUCACCUGCGACAUGUUUCACCCCAACAUCUAUCCAGAUGGUCGGGUGUGCAUCUCCAUCCUGCACGCUCCCGGGGAUGACCCAAUGGGUUAUGAGAGCAGCGCAGAGCGGUGGAGUCCUGUCCAGAGUGUGGAGAAGAUCUUGCUGUCCGUGGUUAGCAUGUUGGCCGAACCAAAUGAUGAAAGUGGAGCUAACGUGGAUGCCUCUAAAAUGUGGCGGGAAGAUCGGGAUCAAUUUUACAAACUUGCCCAGAAGAUCGUACGCAAGUCUUUGGGCCUUUAAUGACAAUAUCAUCAGCCAUCAUAGUGUGCGACUGUAUGUGUGUCUUGUAUGUGAAAGAGGCUAUGGACCAGAGGUCGAAGGUCACUGUUCAGAUGAACACCGUUUUCAUACAUGAUGUGAUAAUUGUUCACCCCUGGCCACCUCCCACCCCCCAUGCCACAGAAGGACUCACAAGAAUAUUAACACACACACAGACAGCUGCUAUAGGAAGUGAUGUCACAUCAUGGGAGCCUGUACUUCCUGGCAGGCAUCUACUGUUUUGUUUUGUUUUUUGUUCAGCUCUGCUGCUUUGUGAAAACAGGAAGUUGUCAGCUGACACUGGUGUUUGUACAAGUUGGAACAUGACCUGGCUCAGCUUUACCUUUGACCUUGUUGUGGCAAGCAUCCACACACACCCCUCAGUCAGGAAGGAGGGAUGACUUGCAGCAGCCGUUUUUCAACGAAAAUGCAUCUUGGCUCAUUAAUAUUUACAGAGAGUGUGUGUUUGUGUGUGUGUGUGUGUAUGUGCGUGCGCGCAUGUGUGCGAGGCAGACAGCCAGGGUGAGGCGCUCUGCUUGAAGCGGGGGAAUUCCUGCCCUCCCUGAUUCCACUAAGAGCAAGACACACAGACAAGCGGCCUCUGGCUCAUCUUUUCAUCUUUCUUGUCAUCUUAACGUGACAACACUUCAAACGCUCGCCAGGCUGCACUCACACAGACAACACUUGUCAACAGAGGGAUAAGCUAAUAAACU